AUGGGAUUCGUUUUGGUCGGCAAUCAGAUCAACUUCAUUGUCAUCAACAAGCAGGCCAACUCCCUCCACUCGCUGAUCGCUGACGGGCAAUACCGCAACACCUCACUGGGCCGUAACACGUGGAAGAAGUUGAUUGGUUCACAGGCAUCCUUACAGCGAAACUGUAACAAGGAAGGUUUCAAUGCUGUGUGUACUCCUUUCUUUUCAAAAGCAAGAAUCGGCAUCCUUGGAAAUAAUGAAAAAGACUGCCAUACUUGUGAUUUCAGAAUUGGGUUUGGAACAGGAAGAAAACGUCAUGACUCCAACACGUGUGGAAACAAGGCAAGGAUCAAAGCAGAUAGUGGAAACAAAAGCAUUAAAGCCAUGGGUUAUAUCUUGGUAUAUUGA